ACGCUGUAGAGUGUGGGGCCUGGGCCCUCCCCUGCAGCCCUUGGGCACCUUGGGGACACUGGGCUUGGCUGCCUUCUUCAGCUUCUUGCUCCCAGCUGCUGCCUUCUUGGCCUUGCUGCUGCUGCUGCUGCCCUUGUCCUCGGCGGCAGCGGCCUUUGGGGGUGCGUGCUUGUCGGCUGCAGUGCCCUUGGUGGGUCAGGUGUCCGUGUGGCGCCUGCUGCCGGCUUCUUGGGUUUGUGCAUGGCAGGUGCGGAAAAGGGGCGCACCAUUAGCUGGCAGCCAGCUUUUGGCAAUGGAGCUUGAAGGAGCCGGUGGCAUCUGUACCCCUGACCUGCAGUAGCAAGUCAUUCUGCACCAGCUUGCAUCAAGUACUUGAGGAUCUUAAUAAAGAUGCUAUGCAAGAAUGUAAGACAGGAAAAUAAUUAAAUAUUUUUACUGUGGCUUCUGUCCUGGAUCUGGAGCCCAGGUGUCUGUGCUAUGAAGAAUCUGAAAACAAACCACAGGGAGAACGCUGAGAACCCUGAGAGCCAGGAAAUGGAACUGUUAACAUUUAUGGAUAUAGCCAUUGAUUUUACUGAAGAGGAGUGGGAAUGCCUUCAGCCUGCUCAGAAAAAUUUAUAUAGAGAUGUGAUGCUAGAGAACUACAGAAACUUGGCCUUCCUGGCCAUGACUCCUAAUCAUAUCCAAGAAUAUUCACCAGAAAAGGGCCUAAAACCUAUAUUACAUGAAGUGAUAAGUGCAAAAUAUGGAAGUUGUGAUCUUGACUAUUUACAACAAAAGAAAAUAUGGAAAACUACAUGUGAGAGUGAAUACCAGAAAUCAUAUAAAAAAUCAGGCCUUGUUCAUCACCAGAGAAUUUAUACUGGAGAGAAGCCCUAUGCAUAUAAAGAAUGUUGCAAAGCUUUUAGUAAAAAAAAAGGUCUUAUUUACCACAGAGGAACCCACAAUGGAGAGAAGCCCUACAAAUGUAAAGAAUGUGGAAAAACUUUUGGUCAAAAAUCAAACCUUAUUCGCCACAGGAGAACUCACACUGGAGAGAAGCCCUACAAAUGUAAAGAUUGUGGCAAAGCUUUUGGUCGAAAAUCACACCUUAUUUACCACAGCAGAACUCACACUGGAGAGAAGCCCUAUAAAUGUAAAGAUUGUGGUAAAGCUUUUUGUCGAAAAUCAAACCUUAUUUGCCACAGUAGAACUCACAGUGGAGAGAAGCCCUACAAAUGUACAGAAUGUGGCAAAGCUUUUGGUCAAAAAUCACACCUUAUUCGCCACAUGAGAACUCACACUGGAGAGAAGCCCUACAAAUGUAAAGAUUGUGGCAAAGCUUUUGGUCAAAAAUCAAACCUUAUUUGGCACAACAGAACUCACACUGGAGAGAAUCCCUAUAAAUGUAAAGAUUGUGGCAAAGCUUUUGGUCGAAAAUCAGACCUUAUUUGCCACAGUAGAACUCACACUGGAGAGAAGCCCUACAAAUGUAAAGAUUGUGGCAAAGCUUUUGGUCAAAAAUCAAACCUUAUUUGGCACAACAGAACUCACACUGGAGAGAAUGCCUAUAAAUGUAAAGAUUGUGGCAAAGCUUUUGGUCGAAAAUCAGACCUUAUUUGCCACAGUAGAACUCACACUGGAGAGAAGCCCUACAAAUGUAAAGAUUGUGGCAAAGCUUUUGGUCAAAAAUCAUACCUUAUUUACCACAGCAGAACUCACACUGGAGAGAAGCCCUACAAUUGUAAAGAAUGUGGCAAAGCUUUUCGUCAAAAAUCAGACCUUAUUUACCACAGCAUAACUCACACUGGAGAGAAGCCCUACAAAUGUAAAGAAUGUGGCAAAGCUUUUGGUAAAAAAUCAUUCCUAAUUUGCCACAGAAGAACUCACACUGGAGAGAAGCCCUACAAAUGUAAAGAAUGUGAUAAAGCUUUUGGUCAAAAAUCAAACCUUAUUAGCCACAGAAGAACUCACACUGGAGAGAAGCCCUACAAAUGUAAAAAAUGUGGCAAACCUUUUGGUCGCAAAUCACACCUUAUUUGCCACAGUAGAACUCACACUGGAGAUAAGCCCUACAUAUGUACAGAAUGUGGCAAAGCUUUUGGUCGUAAAUCACACCUUAUUUGCCACAGAAGAACUCACAGUGGAGAGAAGCCCUACAAAUGUACAGAAUGUUGCAAAGCUUUUGAUGACAAAUCAAACCUUAUUCACCACAAGAGAAUUCACAGUGGAGAGAAGUCCUACAAAUGUAAAUAAUGUGGCAAGGCUUUUGGUCAAAAAAAUAGACCUUAUUCGCCACAGCAGAACUCACUGGAGAGAAGCCCUACAAAUGUAAAGAAUGUGGCAAAGCUUUUACUCAAAAAACAGGCUUUAUUUGCCACAGAAGAACUCACACUAGAGAGAAGCCUUACAAAUGUAAAUAAUGUGGCAGAGCAUUCAGUCAAAAAUUACACCUUAUUUGCCACAACAGAACUCACACUGGAGAGAAGCCUCACUAAUGCAAAGUAUGUGACAAAAGUUUUUACUCAAAUAUUACACCUUAUUUGCCACAGCAGAAUUUACACUGGAGAGAAGACUUACAAAUAUAAGGAAUGUGGCAAAGCUUUUAGCAAUAAAACAGACCUUAUUCACCACAACAGAACUCACACUGGAGAAUAGUGCUACAAAUGUAAAUAAUGUGGCAAAACUUUAAUAAAAAAUAAAACUUUAUUCAUCACAGCACAAGACAUCCUGAUGGAUGUGAAAUGUGAAUAAAGUGAUAAUACUUUUAAAGAAAGAUUAAACCUUGGGACUGGGAUUGUGGUUCAGUGGUAGAGGGCUAGCCUUGCAUGUGUGGGAUAUUGGGUUCAAUCUUCAGGACCACAUAAAAAUAAAUAAGUGAAAUAAAGGUAUUGUGUCCAACUACAAU